AUGAUGCUUGCUUCAAUAAAGCAGAUGGAGGCAGCCAUUUGGUUUCAGAGACUGAUGUUAGAAUAUGUGGGUCCAAAUCAGCGGGCCGAUCUGAUGUUAGCUUGCAGAAUCCGGGAAAGGAAGGAAUCUGUUACCGUGCUUUUAUGCGGCACUAGUGGCUGUGGCAAAUCUACUUUGUCUGCGCUGCUGGGUAGCAGGUGGGGAUCACAACUGUGA